UGUGUGUGUGUGUGUGUGUGUGUGUGUGUGUGUGUGUGUGUGUGUGCGCGCGCGCGCAUUGACAGGCUAUGCAACAUUUGGCUUCUGAUUCUGCGUGUGAAGCCAAUAAACAACCGUUAGGCUAUUAGGCUAUAACCAGCGAGCUGAACACAUUUAUCGCUAUGGUCCCGGUCACAACCCGUUUGUAUAGCCUUAGUCUACCACUUGAUCCACAUUCCGCAGUCACAACUUCUUUAGAGCACGCGACACGGUGGUCCCGGUAGUAAACAGACGUGAUUAAUACCUCUUCAACCGGUGGCUUCCGCGCGACCUACUCCCGGUUCCGUUACUUAGUAGUCUACGCCACACAGUGGGGUUAUUGAGUAAAAGGAUAUGCGUGGUUACAGGGUGUAAAAAUAGUCCUCAGCUCUUACAUCAGUGGGCUAUGUGUAUUAUUGGGUACUCGUCCUGUCCACGUAACAACAACCUACUGGGUGUUCUUCACCCACACGGUGCACUGUACAGGGCAGUAGCCUAGGCGAUAACCGUAGCAUUUUACUAUACUUCUCAAUGUAGGAAUCAUGAACAGCCUACAUAAGUUUGGAUAAUAAAUCCAGAUAGCAUCAGUAGAGUUCAGCCGCAUAAUGACCGAUUGUUGACCUUGGCGCGGCGCGGUGACAUGGAAGGGACAUAUACGCACAUCGCUGCAUGGGCUGGAACUGCUGCUGGUUCAGCGUUGAGAGACACGGACACCGCCGGGGAAAUCGCCGGCUUCGGAUAAUUAUGCUGCUGCUGCAACUACAACCGAAGGCACCGGUCAACCGAAGGCUGUCAUCAGUUUGUGUUUGUUUGUCUCUGCACGUUGAGAAAUGUGGAAUGCUGCGUUCGGAAAUGGGUCGGAUUUGCGUAGUGGAGGAGGCGGCGGCGGGUACGUGCCAGCGCAGGACUGGGAAUUCGUUUCCUGCUCGCGUCUGGAAAGAGAAAGAGAGAGGGGCAGAGGGAAGAGUCGCAGUCCGUUCAGGACGUUCUCCUCCCCGCCAACAGUCACUCAGUUCUACGAACAGUCUCAUCCUGGAACGGUUGGAACAUCACUGGAGCUUCCUCGGGGACAAGUUCGGGCGCAAGAGCCAGGGACUCAUCACUCCCGCCUGAAAAAGAAGUUUGAACACUUCAAGAAACGCCACGGACAGGACAAGGAAGAAUGGAUACGAGAGAAGGAGAUACUUUUAAGACAAGUUGCUGAGAUACAAGGUGGGGAGAACAGAAGGAUUUUGUUGGAUCUGAAGACUGUAGUGGAGGAGGUACAGCUAGAGGUGAAGAGAGAGGAGUCGAAGAGGAGCGAGCUACAGCUGCAGUACACUAAGGACAGAUGUGCCUGGGAACUGGAGAGAGCUGAGCUGAAAUGCAGAAUCGCACAGAACUCAGAGUCCAGAGCCCAGGGAGAGUCCUCUACAGCGGGGGACAGAGAGCAGCAGAGGAGGCUGCUGGUCGACACCCACACGGCCGCCAUGGACCUGCGCUGUCGGCUGGAGCUCAGCGAGAAGGGCUGGGUCCGAUCUGAACUGAUGGAGAGAUUCAACUCUGAGAGGAAGGAGUGGGAGAGCCAGCUGGGAGACAUGCAGAGGAAAAUAGAGGAGAUGUACAAGGAGGUGAAGGUGAGGCAUGAGGUAUCUGGGGAGAUGAGAGAACCUGUAGGAGAGAUUACAGAGGAGGUCACCCUGAAUGUCAGUGUACAUACCACCAGCACAGGAUCCAGCAUGCUUAGCGACAACUCGACUUCCGACCCCCAGAACAGCAGCAGCAGCCAAUCAGAGCCCACCAACCAACGCGGCUCCUACCCCCGUCGUCACCGCAACGACGACUUCGCCGCCCACAGAAACCGGGCGGAUCACCGUGGCGACAGAGGAAACCCCCGUAACUAUGACGACUGUGUCGGUAACCAGGAAGUGGACAUGGCGGAACUGGAGGCCAUCCUGCGAGGGGUUGACAGAGACUCUCCCUCUAAAGGGGGUAUGGUUAAUGUCCGUCGCUCCUCCCACGGUGGAUCUAGUGUAGGAGUGACCCACAACACAGAGAUGAGCUCCGGGACAUGGAGUGACAAGAUGGAGAAUACUACAGCCCUCAAUGUCGCCCUGAAGGAGAUAGCCCGUGUGAGUGAAGAGCUGUGUAGCUACCAGGAUGAGAUCAGCAGGAAGUCCGGAGGGGACAAGAGGGGUCGAACCGAGUCCUCGUAUUUCCCGAGGGCCCUGGAAGAGGAGAACUGGCUGUCCAUCAGGAAGGACCCUGCCAGGGGCCCCAGUCACCUCAAGGACCCCGACAGGGGCCCCAGUCACCUCAAGGACCCCGACAGGGGCCCCAGUCACCUCACCUCAGAACCCCAGCCAGGGGCCCCCAGUCACCUCAAGGAGCCCACCAGGGGCCCCAGAGAGGGAGAGAGAAGCACCUCCGCUCCCCCUCUGCUGGUUCCUCCUCCUAUCCCUCCUCGGACAACAUCAUGGUACCUCGCCAGCCCCUCCCCUGAACUACAACUACACAUCCCAGAAUCCCUCAGUGGCUCAGGCAGGAAGUGCCACAGCCCCUGUCUCCUGUUAGACAGGAAGUGCAGCAGCAGCCCAUCGAUAGUGAGGAAGUUCGAGGCGAUGCUGCAGGAGAACGAGGGGAAAGUUCUGACGGAGGCGGGGUUUACCACCUGCGCUGUUCCCUUUAACUCCCACUGCAACGUGGGCUGUUGCCACAACCGCUGGUCCUGUGACGGGAGCCGCUUCGGCAGCAGCAAGUCGUCCACCUACGUGCCUGUCCAGAAGAGCCUGUCUGAAGUCAACAUAGUGAGUGCUGCUGAGAAGGACUUGAUCCACGACUACAGGCCCGUUGAGAAACCUAGAAGUCCUAGAAGCCCUGAGAGAGAGAGUCAUAUACAACCUGGAAACAAAGACCUAGCAGUUUCACACAUCUGUCUUGACCUUACCUUAGAGUUACCCCCUCCAGGCUCCAACCCUCCAGGCUCCAACCCUCCAGGCUCCAACCCUCCAGGCUCCAACCCUCCAGACUCCAACCCUCCAGGCUCCAACCCUCCAGACUCCAACCCUCCAGGCUCCAACCCUCCAGGCUCCAACCCUCCAGGCUCCAACCCUCCAGACUCCAACCCUCCAGGCUCCAACCCUCCAGGCCACAGUAGGAAUAUGAUGCUGGAACAGGCCACUGCUGAGUUUAACAGGACACUCUUCCAAGCUGAGAUGGGUCGAGGGAUGGAGGACGAUGAUGUAGAGGACAGUUUUACAUCAGCGGGUGUCUCUAAAAGGGGCGUACCAGACGGUACGACGGUAUGUGGUGAGGUCACACACGGGGUCACCAGGGAGACGAACAUUGACCUCCCGCCACGGCACGCCACAGAGGUCAGACAGAAGGAGGUGAUCUGUGACAUCACAGCUCAGAAGCUGAGUUCAGGGAUCAAACUGAGCCAGGCCCUGCCCCCAUCUGACCCUCAUCCAGGGGUCACCGUCAGGACCUUUGACCCCCCUGCCACCUCUGACCUUUCACCCCAACGCCCAGAAGUUGCGUUUAGGAACAUGCCUUCUAACCCGGCAACACGCUGCCCUGAGGUCAAACACAAAGCUGGACCCCCAACAGCCUGUUUAAGUCCACACUGCACAGGUCCAUCUCUAGUGAAUACAAGCAGCCUGCCCAGACUCACACACGGCUCCAGGACCAGAGGACUCUGUGUGCCUGGGGGGUCGGGACUCCGUGUGCCUGGGGGGUCAGGACUCCGUGGUGUAAUGAGCGACCAGCCCUGGAAGCCCCUGACUCUGGCUGCGUUACGUCCAUCUGACUCCAGGUCUAAUUACGGCGCUGUGGAGAGGAUCCUGAAGAGCUACGAGAACACUGCCUGGAGCCAGCGCCCUAACCCUGGUCCCAGCCCCAGACAGGAAGAGGAACUCAUGGAUCUUCUGGAGGAGAUGAUGGAUAAGGAUUACUGGGAUCAGUCAGGCCCUGCCUCUGGACACUCCUCCCACACACACUCUCACCACAGCCAGCUGACCAGCUCCCACAGAGAGACAAGGCUAACCAUGCAGGAGUGUAAAGUAUCAUCCAGCUCCUCAUCAGUCCAGAAGAAUUUCUCUCGUCCGGCCUGUCCAGCCAACCGCCGCCCCCCGUCACGCUGGGCUAGUUGUUCCCCCUCCACCUCUUCCUCCUCCUCCUCCUCCUCCUCCACCCCUAUAAACCAGCCCUCUUCCGGCUCCGCCCACAAACACACCUCAUUCUCCUACUCAGCCUAUCACACGGAGACAGUCAUCAUCUGACCCCUUAGCUGACCCUGUGUUUCAACCAAUAAGAUGCCUUUCGUUACUAUACGUACUCUGACAUUUCUUUUCUCAAUUCAUCCUUCCUUGAUUCCUUCACAUCGAAGGACCGAGUCGGGGGGUGGGGACGGGGGUGGGGACGGGGGGGGACGACGACGACCUUCUCCUCCAAUAUGGUUGUGAAGAACGUGAUGAUGAACUGAGAUAGAACCCGACUCAAACCUGCCUUUUCCUCCAUCGCCUCUUUACGUACCAAGACUGUUAUUUCUACAACCAACUGGACGAUCCAAGAGCUCCAACGUGGACCAACGUGGAGUUAGUUCACCGAUCAUCUUCAGAAUGUAAUCUCAUCGACUAGUGGACGAGGCGUUUCAUGUAUUCUACUAUAGCAACUCCAGGAUCCCCAAUGCUGACUGUACCUCUGUGGCUUAUUCUGCAUCCCAAAUAGCACCCUAUUCCCUAUAUAGUGCAACACUACUUUAGACCAGAGCCCAGUGCUUUUUGGUCCUAAAGUAGUGCAUUAAAUAGGGAAUAGGGUGCCAUUUGGGAGGCUAAUAUAUUCAACGGCAUUCAUUUCACGUACUCUUUUUAACUUGACAUGUUGCAUAAUAAUUACAGUGUUACAGAAUAAAUGUUUGUUAUUCUUUACCUUUCUGAUAUCAGAUGGAUUACAUAAAACGGGCCUGUUUCUUCAUAUUUACCAAAGGUGUCGUCUACAACUUCUCUUCUCGCUAAAAAAAAAAAAAAAAAAAAAAAGGACUGAUGAGUUUCUAUGCUUUUAUUUGAUUGGACAUCGCCGGCUGUUGUCGGGUAGGAUAGCUGACUAGCUCCUUGUGUGUUAGCGCUUCCUGUUUGUUGGGGGCAUGCUUAAAGGGGCAAUCUGUAGUUCAUACAAAAAAAACCACUUUACUAAUAGCAGAAUGCCCCCUUUUUUUAAAUAUAUUUUUUAAUUUUAUUUUUAACAUGAUGAAAUGGACAACAAACCCUUUCUACUGAUGGUCUCUGUAACCGAUGGUUACCUACCCGGCCCUAUUGACUAAUACUACAGUCUGUUGAACCGAUGUGGUGGUGACCUCGUGACCUCGUGGUCUCUGUAACCGAUGGUUACCUACCCGGCCCACAGUCUGUUGAACCGAUGUGGUGGUGACCUUGUGACACGUGUCGAUAUCAUGAACGUGAUGCCUUUGCUGUUUUUAAUUUGUGUAAUAAAUGUAGCUACAUAUU